GGGCUCCAACCAAUUAUAAGGGCACCAGAUGAGCGUUUUGGAACUGAGCAACUCAUAAGUUUAAUAGAAUUGAAGCUAGGGGCAAAAACACAUGCCUGCGGUAGUUCGAGUGGAGACCCCUUAAAGCAGUGACAGUCUUGGGUAUUGACAUGUCCUGUAACAUAAUUUACAAGAUUUGAAAAACAUUACAAUUAACGACGUAGCUGCAAUUAAAAAAUCUCCCAAAUGAAGGAAAUUACCAAACUUAAUUUUCAAAAAUCAAAAACUAAAAAUCAUAUUACAUCCAACCCACUUCAAUACUUUUUAGAUCAAAACUUAUAAAGUUAGUGGGUACUUGGUUGAAGAUGCAUAGCCGAGUCCAUCAUUGCUUACGACCAACUGCACGCACCUCCGUCUUCUUCCGACCCUCAACCACCGCUAAUCAUCCUACGGUUUGCCCCUCAGCCCAAUCCAAUAAAAUUCUCGAAGAGUUGCACGUUCUCUGCACGCGCGGCCACCUCCAAGAAGCACUCUCUCUUUUCUACAGUACCCUCAACGUACCUCACUCCCAACAAGCCUACGCCACCCUCUUUCAUGCUUGUGCUCGUCUCAACAGCUUCCAACAAGGUCAAGCUCUACACCAUCACAUGCUCGCACACCACCCCCAAAACUAUCCUGACAUCUACGUAACCAACCAUCUCAUCAACAUGUAUGCCAAAUGCGGUGACUUAGUUUAUGCCCACCAACUGUUCGACGAAAUGCCGCACAGAAACAUUGUUUCUUGGACUGUACUCAUUUCGGGUUAUGCCCAGCAAGGUAGAGCUGAUGAUUGUUUCCGUGUCUUCUCAGACAUGUUGUCUCACCACCGUCCGACUGAAUUUGCCUACACAAGUGUAAUCUCAUCGUGCGACUGUUACGGUGGCAGGCAGGUACACGCGAUUGCUCUGAAAACUUGUUUCAAUGCUUAUGUCUAUGUAGCAAAUGCUCUCAUUACAAUGUACUCGAAAUGUGGUCGUUAUGGUGUUUAUGAUGCCGAUAAAGAUGAAGCUUGGACGGUAUUUCAGGAUAUGGCCUUCCGCAAUCUCAUUACUUGGAAUUCGAUGAUUGCAGGGUUUCAGAUUCGCGGACUGGGUGCCCAAGCUAUUGCUUUAUUCUCCCUGAUGCAUCGUGUUGACGUUGGGUUUGAUCGUGCCACACUUCUCAGCGUCUUUUCUUCCUUGUGUGAAAGCAAUAGCAAUGAUGGUGCUCUGGGCCUGAAGUGUUGUUUCCAAUUGCACAGUCUUGCUAUUAAAACUGGGUUUAUCCUGGAGAUUGGAGUGGCAACAGCUUUAGUGAAAGCUUACUCGAAUCUUGGAAGGGGCAUUGUUGAUUGUUACAAUCUUUUCGUGGAGACAAGUGGUAGUCGAGAUGUUGUUUCAUGGACUGGGAUCAUAACAACAUUUGCAGAACAGGAUCCGGAAGCAGCCAUCUUCCUUUUUAGUCAGUUGCGUAAUGAGGGCUUUUCUCCGGACCCUUAUACUUUCUCAGUUGUUUUAAAAGCUUGUGCUGGCCUUGUGACUGACCGGCUUGCCUUGGCUGUCCAUUCACAAGUAAUCAAAGCCGGGUUUGAGGAUGACACAGUGAUCGCUAAUGCCUUAAUCCAUGCGUAUUCAAGGUGUGGUUCAAUUGCCCUGUCUAAGCAAGUUUUCAAUGAAAUGGUGUUUCGGGACACUGUUUCUUGGAAUUCAAUGUUGAAAGCUUAUGCUUUGCAUGGGCAAGCCAAAGAGUCAUUGCAGUUCUUUGCUGAAAUGAAUGUCCAACCUGAUGCCACCACCUUUGUUGCCCUUCUCUCGGCUUGCAGCCAUGCUGGACUGGUUGAAGAAGGAACUAAAAUCUUUGAUACCAUGUUAACAAAGUACAGCAUUGUCCCUCAACUUGAUCAUUUUGCCUGCAUGGUUGAUAUUCUUGGGCGAGCAGGGAAAAUUCUUGAGGCUGAAGAGCUUGUAAGGAAAAUGCCAAUGGAACCAGAUUCUGUUGUUUGGAGUGCUUUGCUAGGAGCUUGUAGGAAACAUGGUGAAACCCAAUUGGCCAACAUAGCUGCAACAAAGUUGAAGGAGUUGGAUCCAGAAAAUUCAUUAGGGUAUGUAUUAGAAUCAAACAUACACUGCUCUGCUGGUAAUUUUAGUGAAGCAUGUCUUAUAAGGAAGGAAAUGGAAGGGCUAAAAGUGAAGAAGAAACCUGGUUUGAGCUGGAUAAUCGGGAAUCAAGUCCAUGAGUCAGACUUUUGGGUUCAAAUUUUUGUUGCUUACUGAACAGUUCUAUUCAUUUGUUCCACCUUAAGGGCAGAAAGAGGACGAGAAUACAGAAGAAAGGGAUAAUAAAAGAAGAGAGGAGGAGACGAGAAGCCAAACGCAAAAGGAUAAGGAGAGCAAUAAUAGGGUGAGAAAAAAGAAUGGUGGAAGAAAUCUCUGAGAGUCAAAAUAAUUUUUCAAAAUGAUGUGUCCUAAUCCAUCAAUUUCUCCAUCCAACGGCGACAGUUCUGAGAAAAAGGUGGAAAAACCCACCUAAAUUGGCUCGGUGACGAAGAAGACCUUGAGAAGGAAUGCGGGUGCCUUUUCCUUCCGCGAGGUCAACAAGUUGCUGCCAGUAACUUUCCUCGACAUUUUCGAACUGCAGUGUAGAUUCGAUGAAGUACCAGUAACACUGGCAUGCUUCUUAUUGAAUCAAGCAUGCAAUGAUGUGGGUAGCACCAAGUCAAAAAUGUAUGGCCUUGGGCUUCUUUUUGUUUGCAUACUUGGCAAGAAAAAGAAAAGCAAUGGAGCAAGGAAGGGAAAAGCAGAGGAUUUCCAAAAUGAUUGUAAGCUACAACUCUGUGGCCAUUCCUUUCUUCAACAAGGAAGGGAAAAGAUCAAGUACUAUUAACUUAUUAUUAUUAUUUUUUUUUUCUAAGUGCGUCUCAUGCCCAAGUUAUAAUAUCAGGAAUUAAAAAGAAGGCAUGAAAAAAGAAAUUGAGUUCAGCAACAUUCAUCAAGAGUUUGACAGUAGGCGAUGGAGUGACUUGAAUUUAAUAUUGAUUGUAAUACAUUUAAUCUCUCCAAUAUUGAUUGUAAUACAUUUAAUCUCUUUGGAGAAUUGUUUGUCACUGAAGAGUGAGAAAGUGAUUAUGAUGCCAUUGAUUUUUUUCGUUUUCUUUUCUUUUUUCUUUAUUCUUUUCCUUUUCUACCUCCCUCUAUGAUGGGAUUAUGUUCCAAUUGUGCUUGACAACUUCAUUGCUAAUUUGGCGGUGGAUGGUAGUAUUGUGGACUUUGGCCUAUGGGAUACUGCAGGUACUUCUCUUAAUAUGAGCUUCAGUUUGCGUCAAGUCAUUUUCAGAUCCUGAA